AAGGUAAUAGUCGGUUGCUAUGAAAGAAGAAGCCACCAAGCGACCAACCACCUAUGAAUAUGUGUGAACAAAGGUGUUGCUCUAACAUGGGAAAGCCAGCCCGCAUGAAAGGGAAGAAAAGAAAUAGAAAAAAAAAAAAGUAGUCACUAUCAUCAAAUGCCUUUUCACCCGCCCUGCACACCUUGGCCAACUUGACCCUGCUCUAAUUAUCAAAUCUUGAAAAAUUUUGACCACCCCUAAUCGUGGUUCUAUUUCAAAGAUUUUGAUAAUGGGUUUUCAUUCUUUCCCACUCAUUUCCACACAACCCAUCUGGGAUUUCCUCACUAAAUACCUGUUCUUGGCGUUUGUUGCACCUACUGGCCCAAUAAGACAGUUAAAAGCUUUUUGGCUCGGGCGGGUUGGAUUUGAAAUCACUCCCAAAUUCAGGAUUUGAAGAAGAUAUGCGGUAAAUAAUUUGGGUGUGAAGAACUUCCAAUUCUGUAGCAAUGAUUCGUAGUUGCUUUGGUGCCUUGAGAGACUGUAAAGGGCAGAAUAGUGCGAGUCAGACAGAGGCAGAAGGAAUUCCUACCAAUAAUGUACAGCUCUUUUCUUAUAACUAUUUGAGAUCAGCAGCAGGGAAUUUCCAUCCAUCCAAAAAAAUAGGUGGAGGAGGUUAUGGAGUUGUCUAUAAGGGAAUUCUAAGAGAUGGUACUCAAGUUGCAAUCAAAUCUCUUUCUGCGGAAUCUAAACAAGGAACUCAGGAAUUUUUGACAGAGAUUAAUGUGAUCUCAGAUACAAGACAUCCAAACCUUGUUGAACUCGUUGGCUGCUGUGUUGAGGACAAUCAUCGGAUAUUGGUGUAUGAAUAUCUGGAAAACAACAGCCUUGCAACUGCUUUGCUUGGUUCAAAAAGUAAAAACGUUGCUCUGGAUUGGCCAAAGAGAGCUGCUAUAUGCCUGGGUACAGCUUCUGGUCUUGCAUUUCUUCAUGAGGAAGCUGAACCACAUAUUGUCCACAGGGAUAUUAAGGCUAGCAACAUACUUCUUGAUGGAAACUUCCAUCCUAAAAUAGGAGAUUUUGGGCUGGCAAAGCUUUUUCCAGACAAUGUCACUCAUCUUAGUACUCGUGUGGCGGGAACUGUGGGAUAUCUGGCCCCAGAGUAUGCACUUUUAGGCCAACUCACAAAGAAGGCGGAUGUAUACAGCUUUGGAGUGCUUGUGCUUGAAAUAAUUAGCGGUAGAAGCAGUACCAAGGCAGCAUUUGGGGACGAAUUACUGGUUCUGGUGGAAUGGACAUGGAAACUAAGAGAAGAUGAAAGACUUCUGGACAUUGUUGAUCCUGAAUUGACAGGGUAUCCAGAGGAUGAGUUGAUGCGCUUCAUUAAGGUGGCUCUGUUUUGUACCCAGCGCAGUGCAAGCCAAAGGCCUACCAUGAAGCAAGUAGUAGAUAUGCUUUCCAAAGGAGUUCACCUCAAUGAAAAGGCACUAACAAAGCCAGGAGUAUACAGGGUAAAUACCUUUAAUAAAGACGGGGGUGGUACCAGUUCCGAGGAAACAUCUUCUCGUGCAGAGAAACGAAACCAACAAGCAAAUCCUCGUGUAAAUUCUAACGAUUCAUUCAGCUCUGACAAUGUGUCUAUGAUGCUUCCCAGAUGAUGCAUUCAAGGAUGUGUCAUAUUUUUCAGUUGCUUUUGUUUCUCAGAUAUUUUUUAUUGAUUAUUCAUUGGAACCUUUUAUUUUUUUAAACCUGUAAGAUAUCUUUUAUCAGAUUUGGAUCCCCCAUCUCCCCUAUUCAGAGAUUGGGGGGGGACAAGAAAAGUUAAUACCCUGCCCAACAACAGAAAAUCGGGGUAAUAACAGGGGAUCUUGAUCCCUUGUUUUUCCAUGUAAAUAUACGAACUAUCAUAUGCCAUAUUACCAAGGAUCCGGAUCCCUAGCAACAUUCUGCUCA